GUUCGGGGCAUAUGCUAAAGGCACCCGUAGCCUUCCCGGUCCGUCUCUCAUGCGCAUGACUUCUUGUUUUCCGCGCUGCAAAGAGAUUGUCCUACAAACGUGCACCCGGUAUUCCUGCUAUCUCUGCUUUAUUUGUGUCUGGAUCCACAUGCAUGCAUGCAUGCUUCUUUCUGAUUUUUCUCCAGUGGAGUUCAGCUCAUAUAAAAGUGGCCCGUGUAUCUGUCAGAUGAGUAUCCCACCAUGCUGUUCUGGAUCUUACUCUCUCUUUCGUACGCGCUCGUUUAUGCGUCGCCGUCGCCUUUGAGGCGGAGAGAUUCGAUAACGACUCUGAGUAAUUCGACAGUCGAGGCUUUCAAACCCUACACGUACUACGCCAGUGCAGGAUAUUGCGAGCCGUCGACGACCUUGGCUUGGAAUUGUGGAGCUAAUUGCGAGGCCAACUCUGCCUUUGAGCCCGUUGCGUCAGGCGGCAAUGGCGACUCUGUGCAGUAUUGGUAUGUGGGCUAUGACCCCGACCUCGAAACCGUCAUAGUGGCUCACCAGGGAACGGAUACGUCGAAAUUGUUACCGGUGAUUACUGAUGUCAACUACGGUCUAACAGGACUCGAUGACGAUCUGUUCCCUGACCUCGACUCCGAUAUCGAGGUCCAUAGCGGCUUCAAAGAGUCCCAGGCUGACACGGCUGCAGAUGUUCUCGCGGCAGUAACUAGCGCUAUGUCAACUUACUCGACUACCUCUGUCACGGUCGUUGGCCACUCUCUUGGGGGAGCUAUCGCCCUUCUAGAUGGUGUUUAUCUCACCUUGCAACUCUCGUCUGCGUCCGUGUCCGUGACCACCUAUGGUAUGCCCCGGGUGGGAAACCAGGAAUUUGCUGACUGGGUCGACGCACAUGUCACUGUCUCGCAUAUCAAUAACAAAAAAGACCCUGUGCCUAUUCUUCCCGGACGUUUCCUCGGCUUCCACCAUUGUUCCGGUGAAAAGCAUAUCACCGAUUCUGAUACAUGGGUAAACUGUCCAGGGCAAGACAACACUGAUGAUCAAUGCACAGUCGGAGAAGUCGGUAACCUAUUAGAGGGCGACACAGAUGAUCAUAGUGGUCCGUAUGAUGGUGUUACUAUAGGUUGCUAAUAGGACGUGACCCUAGCCGUCUUUGAUAUUUAUUUCAUUACAGGUCUGAAUAUUAUUUCUGUGACCAUCGCCUUAACUUCCUUAAUGCCGAUGUAUUCUGUCUAAACAGAAAUCAGUUUUAAGAACUCGACCGGG